GAACAGAAGCUCUUCCAUGGAAACAAGGGACGCUAGUCUGCUGGUAUGAGUGAGUGAAUAGUUAAAACAAGAUGAAACCGGAUAUAUUGUGUUAUUCGAUAGAAGAUGAAUUGUUCAGAGGUUAGGAGAUAUCCAAAUGAAUUCAAAGAAAGCGCAAUAUGCAGAUAAUACUAGCUACUAUCGGUUUGGCUACUAUCUAGCUUAGAAUGUUUCCCCUGUGUGGUAAAUACCAAAAGAGAGGAACAUGUAAGGGGAAAAAAACGACUGACGACGUAACGGCCAGCUCAUGAGAACCAGCUGAAACAUGUGGAAGGUAAGCGGUCGGAGUUCGGCUCUGAACCGGGCUGAGGCGCUGCUGUCAGCCAAGAGGAGCAGCACAGGAGACGGAGGAGGCUCCACCCAGGACUCGGCCACCAAAACACAGGGAACCUCCUUCAGAACCGGACAUGUUCCUCCAAACAGCCACAACUUGUUCUCUGACCUGAGUGACCUCGCCUCAGAGACCUCUGCUUCUGAACAGGGUGCUGCAUCUGCCAGACUUGCUAAUAUACAAGAAAACCUUGAGAGAAAGGGAGAUUCAACCCAGGAUCUCAGGCCUCAGAGUUCACUGGGAGAAGGGAGCAGGUUCCUAAAGAAGGCUCCAAAACCAGCUAACAGCAGCCACUCGCCUGUCAGCAGGAACCGAGCGCAGGCUGUGGUACAACAAAGAUGUGUGUCAUCCUCCCAGCGUUGCUCUCAGGCUCCAGCCUUGCGUAGGCUAGCUGAAAUCGAGAGUCGUGUCCGGAGCCGCAAGCAGGAGCUAGAACAGGCUAAGAAGGCCUCAGCAGCUGUCCUCAGUCCAGCCUCGGAUGUGGAAAUGUCGCCAGCUGCAGCCGUCCAGAUCAGGGAGGCCUCUGCGGCGUUGUCAGUGCGGUUCGACACUGACCAGAACCAGAGGGAGAAAUGUUUCCUCAAAAAGAAAAACUCUGCUCCCCCCGAGGCAACAAAACCUGCUGCUGCUGGCGUCGUGUUCAGAUCACGAGCCGGGAAUGCUGUUGAACGUUCUGGAGGGUUGGAGAGGAAGCCAAGGAGACCAAUGAGAGGUGUGAGUCUGGAAAGUGAUGAAGAAGACAUGAUGAAACUGCUUGGAGACUCGGUAGAAUUGAUCAGCAUGUCCGGACCCGGGACAUCUUCAUCUGUGAAAAGACCACACAGGACACUCAGCAGUCCCAGUGAGAAGGAUGAAAGGCCAGCUGCUGCAAGCCCUUCACUGCCCUCUCCUUCCUGUCACAGCUCUCCGUUCCGAUUCACCGGUCAGGCCCAGGCCCAGUUCAGUCCUUCGGCGCUGUCCCCGUCGCCCCCUUCACUCCGCCGCCCCGCCACCACCUCAGAGAGGCAGGGCUCCUCUCAGAAGGCAGAGGAUCCGCGGCGCAGCCACUCAUCCUUGUCAAGCCGUGCUGAAGUGCUUUCUCUGGAGGAGCUGGUCCCUGUGGGGCCGGGAUCUGAGCAUCCACACAGUCACAUGAGCUCAGCUUCUUCAGAAGAGAUCAGGGUCAAUGUGAUGACUCUCCAUGAGCUGACUCCUUCUAAAACGCCAGGAAUACAGAGCUCAUCAAAUUACCAAGAGACUCAUUUUACUGAUUUGGCUUUGGUACCAAUGCAGAAUCAAAACAAAAUGGCCGACGCUGUCCCUGGAUCCCAAAGUAGACGCCAGCUGUCACCAUGGGAGGAGGAGGAAGAGGCGGCAGUGGAUUAUAACAGCGACUUUGAAACUGAUUCUAGCGCCAGGCAGAUUUCAGAGUACCUGGGAGGAGGUGAUGAUGAGGAAGCAGAGGUUAGAUCAGAGGUUAGAUCAGAGGUCAGAUCAGAGGUCAGAUCAAAGGUCACACAGGCGGUUUCCAGGACAGACGAGUCUCUCAGGAAGAUGGAAGAUGAUUAUUCCAGUACUUUCUCCAGUGUGAGAUCAGAAUUGAUCAGCAGAAGCAGACGGAGCUUUUCUCAGCAUUCAGGAAGGCAUGCUUCAGUCAGGAGGAGUUUCAAAGACGCAGCAGCACAGACGUGGCCUGAUCCACCAGGGGACUCCUGGUCAGCAGGUACGGCUCCGCUGGACCCCAUGGUUGGCAGGAUCUAUGUGGGGCCCACGCAUGUGUCCCCCCAUGCCUUCAGUGCAGACAGGUUAGAAGCUGUGAGCAUGUUGGACCCAGCUGGAUUUGCUCUGAAUGAAAUGCUGAAGCAGCAGCUGGCCAUGACUAAGCAGUUCAUGGAGCGCAGUGAACAUCUCCAUACCUGCCUGAUUCAAAGCCUGGAGCCCCCCAACUACAGAUACACCACCCUGGAGGAAACCAUGCUGAGCAUCCGCAGGCGCAGACGUCCCAAACCUCACAGGGAGAAAACAUAGAGAAGGUUCUACAGGAAAUGGAGGCUGAGCCAGCUGCUUCAGAAACAUCCUGACCACUUUCUACAUUCACUAAAACAUUUUAAUAAUGGAUUGUUGUAGCAAAGACAAAAUAAAACAACAAACAGAGUUAAUAAA